AUGCUUUUUGUUUGUUGUGUGCGCUAUCUGCUGUGCUUGACGGUGCUUGCUGACCUCGCUCAACCCCGCCCGCAGAUCAUGGUCCCCCCCGAGGGGGCCCGGUACCUGGUGGCGUCGGACGGCCUGUGGGACCGCGUGUCCCAGGCCAAAGUCCACCGCGCCGUCCGGUCCAAAUCCCUGGACAAGCUCCCCGCCUACUUGAUGUCGAUGGUCAACCGAUCAUCGGGCGGAGUGCUGCGGGACGACGCCACGGCCAUCGCCGUCGACAUCCUCCCCUCCCGCUGCGCGGAUUUCAAGCGCAUGAUUACGCACCGGCGCCGGUCACGCUCGCGUUACCCGCGUCUGGCGCGCCUGUGCGCGGGGCCCGUGGAAAUUGAUGAUCUGAGCAGCCUGCUGGCCGACGAGGACGGGCUGCUUGCCCGCGGCUUUGGCCGCUUGGUGCGCAAGAACACGAUCAGCUUCGACCUGGACAGCGCGCCCGAGGCGUUUAAGAGGGAGGGCGACUUCACGGUGCACGGCGGGAAGGAGAACGCCAGGGGCCGGGCGCCAAAGCCGCCCACGAGGGUGAACACCAUGUCGUCGGCCCUGCCGCUGUGGCUGGUGUGUGAGGCGCGGGCGGGCAGCAUGUGA